AAAUGUAGUUCGAAUCCAACUAUUAGGUUAAGCGAGGGUGUUACAAUGCAUAAAUGUUGAAAAAAAGAAUUAGUAAUAAUCCAACAAAUCCCUAAAAUUUAGAGCCGUGUGUUACUCCCACCCUCCAUUAAAAGCCCAAAAAGGUCUGAAACGAUGUUAGGUGACUUGUUGGUGAAGCUUGGGGAGUUCUUCAAAGUGGCGGGAAACUAAAGUAGUAUUUGGCGCCAAGGGAAACUCCAUUUUAUGUUUGAUAGGUUUUCCAAAUUCAAACUCAUUUGAGAACAAGCCCAAAAGAUCGAAUUUUUUGUUCAAAUUGUGGGGAAAAAAGGAAGUGAAAUCAAUGACUUCUUCACCGCCUUCAAAGCGAAGGCGAAAAGGGCAAACCGUUGACACAGAAUCACCGUCAAAAUCUACGUUGACCCAAGACAAUUCAUCCCCUUUGAUAGUCUUCGCUCAUGGCGCUGGUGCUCCUUCCUCUUCUGAUUGGAUGAUCAGAUGGAAAGAAAUGCUAAAGAAGGCUUUGAAUGCUGUUGAAGUAGUGACAUUUGAUUACCCUUAUGUGUCUGAGGGAAAAAGAAGAUCUCCACCCAAGGCAGAAAAAUUGGUAGAUUUUCACACAAAUGUUGUUAAAAAUGCAGUUGCUAAAUAUCCUGGGCAUCCUUUGAUUUUGGCUGGCAAAUCAAUGGGUUCAAGAAUCAGCUGCAUGGUGGCUGGAAGGGAAGACAUUUCUCCAUUGUUAAUUGUUUGCCUAGGAUACCCGCUUAAGGGUAUGAAUGGAGCAGUGAGAGAUGAAACUCUACUUCAACUUAAAGUUCCUGUGAUGUUUGUGCAGGGUACCAAAGAUGGUCUCUGCCCCUUGGAAAAACUAGAAGCUGUUAGGAAGAAAAUGAAGACAAUGAGUGGGUUGCACGAGAUCGAGAGUGGUGAUCACUCGUUCAAGAUUUCAAAAAAGCACCUCCAAACCAAGGGAUCAACCCAAGAGGAAGCUGAAGAUGCAGCUAUUCAGGCCAUUGCAUCAUUUUUCACCAGGUCUCUGAGAUGAAGGUGAAUCAAAGCCUUAAUCCUUUUUUGUCUAAGUUUGUUUAAUGCCUUUAGCCUUUGUUUGUUCUAAGGAUUGCUAAGGCCCAAGGUUCAAAUGCUCCCUUUUUCCCUUGGCCCUAUACUAUUGGCGGAGCAAGUUCUCAUUCACAUCUACUAUAACCUCACUACAGUGUUUAUGGAUGUGAACUGAGAAGCUUAUCAUUCUUGUAAGUACCUGUAACCCAAGUACUUUUUAAUGUAAAGCUAAACGCGAAUGUGUGAGUGAAUCUAAUUUAAGCUGCGCAUGUUUCUGCAAGGUUGAAUCUUUUAUCGAGUAAAAGAUUACACCAUCCAUUAUAAAAAAACAAAACCGUGAUAUAUCCAUAAAAAUAUAUCUAUUUUCCCUUAUAUUUAAUAGGAGAUAUGAUAAUUUAUAGUCUUACAUUGCACGAGACACCAUAUUAGACUGCUGGUGAGACUGCACAUGGUUUUAUUUAGUGUAGUGCAAAACACUAUACGUGCCAGGGCCAGCCAUCUCUUUAGUCGCUGUCACUGCUGCUGUCGUCUUUGCUCUUCUUGUGCUUACUCUUCUCCUUCUCAGGCUUCUUCUUGCUCUCGGUCUUCUUUUCCUUCUUUUCUUUCUUUUCCUUCCUGUCCUUGUCUUUCUCCUUCUUGUCUUUCAUCUUCUUUUCCUUCUUUCCAUGGCAAGUUGUAGGCAUGGCCGUGCUUUGAGCCACAUGUUGCUGAGCAUGGACACCAUGGCUCACGGUCUUGGACUCGGCAUGUGUUUUGGGUGUGUCAUGGCUCAGUUGGUUGUGCCCAUGUGAUUGACUCACACCCUUACUCUCCUUAUGAACCUGAGUUUGGCCACUGCUCGGAUGGUGUUCAUGUUUCCCUUCGUGUAGGGUUUUUUCAACAGGGCGCACACAUUGUUCAGUAGCCAUAGCAAUAGAUAAGAUUUAGAGUCAGCCUUGAGCUUCUCUUAGGUUGCCUGCU